ACCGAGCGUGCCAUGCAUUGGGCUAGGGAGCCUCUCUCAAUUCCACUCCCAGAUUCGGCGUGGGAGCGAUGCCUGAGGGGUUGCCCGGGAAGGCUUCGUCGAAGGUUCUCGGGUGUCUAGUCGACGGGGCUGUCGGGGUCCUUUGGACUGGGCCAGGGUCGGUCGGCGCCGGAGUAGGCGGGCGCCUGGUGGCUCAGCUGUGUGAGUUUUCGGCUAGCGUCCGUCGGGGAAUUACCCGAGGAGCCCUAACUUGUAUAAAAGCAGAGUCCAUUUAAAGUUGGGCUGGAUAGCCUCUCUCUCAUUGGUUAGGGGGCUUGGAAAAAAGAGACUCGGCGAGCCCUCGCUGUGGUGCUGCCGCCGCCGCCGCCGCCGCUGGAGUUGACUCUUCUGCUCGCACUGCUGCUGCAGCACAAACGUGACUUCCAACAUUUUUUAUUUAUCUUUCCCUUUUCUUUUCCAAGAUGUAACUACAGAUCAGACACUAAGGACCUUCACGUUUCGCUGAUGUAGUUUUUGGAGGAAAAAGGGGGGGAGUGAAGGGCGUCGGUUUUUUUUGUGUGUGUGUGUUUCGGGGGAAAUUUUCCAUUAUGAGUGUUUUACUAAAGUGAAUUUUUUUUUGUUUGCUUCGUUCGUCUUUGGCUCUUUUUUUUUUUUUUUCCUUCCCAAUUUCGGAUUUAUUUCAAGGCGAAUCGGGCUUUGGGGGAAGAGGAAGAAAAGUCGGAUUACAAGAUCAACCACCACCAACAACAAUAAAAACCACCAGGAUAUUUUUUUGCAAAUUUCUGACGGCUUUAAAUUCAUGAAGCAAUUGUCCCCUUUUGCAAUCAGCAUUUGGAUCUCAGAAUGAGCAAGGAAAGACCCAAGAGGAAUAUCAUUCAGAAGAAAUACGAUGACAGCGAUGGGAUUCCAUGGUCAGAAGAAAGGGUGGUGCGGAAAGUCCUCUAUCUGUCUCUGAAGGAGUUCAAGAAUGCCCAGAAGAGGCAGCACGGGGAAGGCAUUGCUGGGAGCCUGAAGACCGUGAAUGGGCUCCUUGGUCAUGGCCAGUCUAAGGGAUUAGGACCAGCAUCAGAACAGUCAGAGAAUGAGAAGGACGAUGCAUCCCAGGUGUCCUCAACUAGCAACGAUGUUAGUUCUUCAGAUUUUGAAGAAGGGCCGUCGAGGAAAAGGUUAGUACCCAAGGCUGAAAAUGCUGACGCCUUAAACCAGGGACCUCAAACCAGGCGCCAGGUUUUCCCACAGGGAACACACUCGGGCCCCCUCACCCUGCCUCCUGGUUUUCACAGAGGAGCCAGGGCUCUGGAUGUGUCACAGCCCAUGUCCUGGUUUCUAAGUAUUGUCCACCAAUUGUCAUGAAAAAUGAACACACUUCAGCAAACGAUCUGGGCCUCACAGAAUCUCUUCUUGGCCUGAGAAUUGGCCCUGAGGGUUUACCGACUUGUAAUUCUUGUCUUCACUGAUCCUUUUCAUCGACUCUCCCAUUUGUGGAGUCCAUUCAAUGGUAUUUCUUUUUGCCAUGUCUGAGGAGAGCCGUUCCUAACUGCGUGAAGAACGAAAUGUGGUGUUUCUGAAAAUUUUCUCC